UAUCGCCGCCGCCGCCGGUGCCGCCGCCGCGGAGCCACCGGAGCCUCCAGAGCCGGGCCGGGGCCGGGCCGGGAUGUGACGGGGCGGCCGCCCCGCUCCGCCGAGCCGCUGCCCCGGGGGGGCUCGCCGGCCCCCCGAGCCCCGGGAGGCUGUCGGGGGGGGGGAGGCGGUACCACCGGGCCCCCCCCUCCAGCCGCCGGGCCCCCCCCGUCUUCCCCGGGCAUGGCGGAGGGGCCGCCCUACGGCGAGGGGCAGCUGGCGGGGGGCGCGGCGGGGGGGGAGCUGCCUUUCCCCGUCCGUCUCCGCGGCCCCGACGGUCUCCUGGCGGCCGGGCAGGGCAAGAGGCCGCCCAAGCUGGGGCAGAUCGGACGCAGCAAGAGAGUGGUUAUCGAAGACGAUAGAAUCGAUGACGUGCUGCAAAACCUCUCCGAAAAGGCCCCUCCCGGUGUUUAAUACCUCUCCGGGGACGUUCGGUGAAAACCAGGGGCUGGGGGGGCGGUUUCCAAUAUCCCAGGUUUUUGGCAAAAAUUAACUAAAGAAAAAAAAAGCCCCGGGAGCAGCAACGCGCCGAGCUCGGAGCGCCGUCACCGCCAGCACGCCGCGCGGGGGAUGCAGGCGACAGCACGGCGGCACAGGAUCCCCGCGAGAGGCAAAAUUACACACACACAAAAAUUAAAAUAAUAAUAAUCGGGG